UUCAUUCAGUUUUUAUCAGAGAUAAUGACAUGAAGUGUAGUUGUUGGGUCAAAAUGUCUUUGCUGUGUUAAAGGAAAAAAUAUCCAUUGAUUGAAUUUAUGUAAAAACAUUAAUCGAAGUGGAACAUUUUCUCCACGGAAAAUCCCUUUUGAAUUUUAGUAUGUGUUCUUCUGUCUAAUUAGAAAAAAAACAUGCUGAUUUUUUUCAACGAUACGAGCUUGUUUUGUCUUCAGCUUGUUUGCCCUUCAAAAUUGAAUCAAGUGUCAAGCACAAACACAGUUCUGUUACAUUAUAGUUUUUGUGCCCGAUUCGUCGACUCAAUUAAAUUAUUUAUUGGAUUUAAUAAACGGUUGUCAGCAUGAGAAAAUUAAAAUUAUUCCGAGCAAUAAUAAUGGGAGCUCCAGGCAGUGGCAAAGGUACAAUAUCCGAUCGAAUUCUGAAGCGAUUCAACUUUAAAUACGCCGCCACGGGCGAUUUAUUGCGUCAAAAUGUUAAGAUGAAGACACCAUUAGGAAUCGAAGCUGAUAAAUAUAUAAAAGCAGGUCAAUUGGUGCCAGACGAUCUAAUUAUUAAAUGUAUUUUGAAUCGAGUGAGUGCAAUUGGAAAUGAUUCAUGGUUACUUGAUGGUUUUCCAAGGACAAUUGCACAGGCAGAAUACUUAUGGAAUUUUCAACCAGUUGAAUCUGUAAUACAAUUAUCUGUGCCACAUGAUGUGAUAAUUGAGCGUGUUAAAGAUAGAUGGGUGCAUUUACCAAGUGGACGUGUGUAUAAUUUACAUUUCAAUAAGCCAAAAGUUCCGGGCCGUGAUGAUGUAACUGGAGAAGAGUUAGUACAACGUGAAGACGAUGAUCCAGAAACAGUGAAAAAGCGAUUGGAAGUGUACGAUGCUUGUAUCAAACCGAUGGCUGAUUUCUAUCGUCAACUAGGCAUUUUAGCGGAAUUUGAAGGUCGCACAACCGAUGAAAUUUGGCCGAAAGUUCAAACAUACUUAGAAAAAGCCAUAAAAUAAUGCAAUCAUAUAAUGACUAUGCCAAAUUUAAAGAAUACCAAAUAAUUUGCUGCUUCCAAAUUCAAUAAUUCAAUUAAAGUGUGACCACCAAACAACGAUACCAAUCGAAAUAGACAAUAAAGAAAUAAAUGAAUGUUUUCAAUUAUAAUAAGAAAUGUAGACUUGUACAAUUUACGGUGUAAACAAAUAAUUGAAUACUAAUUUUCGCACAUUUUAUGUAGUAGUAGUGGAAAACAAUUUAAUUUGAUGUGAUUUUUUAUUAGAUGCUUUGCAAUAUAGUCGCACAAUAAAUGCCUUGUGCUCAAAAUAAAUGAUUUCUUUUCAGUUCAGGUGUUUUAAACACAUUAUUUACAUAUUCUUAUUUGUAUUUGUUCUUGUCAAAGUGUUUAUGUAUAUUAUCUUAUGGAAUAUUUCAAUUUUCGAUAAGAGUCAAAGUAGUAACCAUUGUCAAUUUUUUUGUGAACCAAAUUUUUUUUUAUAUUCCAGGCAUGACUUAAUAAUUUUACGGAAAAGGUCAUAAAAAAUACGUUUACAUCACAUAACUUUAUUUGAAUAUGAACGACGUUCUUUUUAUCUUUACAAACAAUAAUUUACCAUUAAGAGAGAGAGACAAAAAACUACUUCGACUCUUAUCGAUAUGAAAUGCGCGAAAUAGAAAUUAUUCACUUUCUUGGAUUUUUUUUUCUGCCAUACGUGUACUCUUGAUUGAUGUUAUUUAACCUUAUCUACAGUUAAAAAUGUAAUCCCUAUCUAAUAAAUAAAUAUUGGCCAUACACACAUAUAAAA